AUGAUGAUGCAGGAAGAAGGGUGGCCUCUGGGAUUGAGAUUCUUGAAUUCUGGACUUGGGCUGGUAAGAAAUGGUUCUGGGUCAGCCUCCUUCAGCACUGUGCUCACUGCUUCUCACACCCCUUCAACUGAUUCUUCCUCAGAUCUUGACACGGAGUCCACUGGAUCAUUCUUCCGUGACAAUAGCAUCACACUUGGCAACCUCAUUGGUAUUUCUAACUUCUUAGAACUGUCAAGGAGAUCAACAAGAGGAAGAAUGGUGGAACCCUCAAAGGACAACAAAAAGAUUCACAAGCUGAAGCCUUGGUUGUUUUCACUUUGUUCAAGACUAAGUACUGAUGCAGUGAGUGCGAACGAUGCCCCCUCUCUUGCUCACUACCUCGAAGCUGAGAGAAGAGCAGCAAGUACAUAUAGAAGGAACCAGUGUUCUACCACUUACGGACCCAAUGGUUUCUCCCCUAUUCAUGAUUCAGCCUCACUAUUAGUGGGUAGCCAGACUGAUCAUUGGCCAUCUGCUUCAUUGGGUGAUGAUGUUGGAAAUGAACAUGAUCCUAACAGUGAACUGGAAGAAUGA